AUGAACUUGAUGGACAUCAAGAAUGGAGUCUAUAAAUAUUAGCUCCCUCACUCCAGAGGUGACUGUAUUCCUAGUAUCCGUAAUACCAACAAGGCAUCGCAGCGCCGGCAAGCCGACUUCGCCAGUUGCCGCAACGGCCGCCGUAGCCAUCGCGAACCCGCAACCAAUCUGGCUUGUUUCCUCCUCCGCACCCUGACCGGCCAUUCCAUUCUCUUCCCCUCCACUGUCCCGGCUCCCAGCAAAGAAGCAGGCCCCGCCAACAAUGGCCGACUAUCUAUAUGACCUCCUUGCCCCUCAUCUGGCCGCGACCAAGGCCUCUGCCGCCCUCUGCGACCCCGAUCACGAUACCACCACGGCUCAAUACCUCAACCGACUUCCUACCCUCUCCCUCCAAGCCUUACAGUCCACGGAAUCCCAGUCCUUGACGCAGUCAUCUCAUUCCACCCUCCUGUCACUUCAAGCUCUGUCCAAUCGCUCACACAAGGCCUUUGUCACGUCCGCCGAUCGCCUGUCCAACCUCCGCGCGUCCAUCCCCCAGUUGACCCGGGACGCACAGCAACUCCGAGAUGCGGUCCCGAAACUCGACGAAGAGGCGGUCCAGUUCUCGUCCAAAUACAGCAGAGCAGCCGAAAAUGUAGCCCUCGAACAACGAAAGAAGGUUAUGCAGCUGGCUCGAAAUGUCGAUCGGCUGUCUGACAUCUUGGAGCUACCCACACUGCUCUCCACGGCCGUCUCCUCCGCAGCUGCCAGUUCAGGCACGACAGGGACCUCGGUUUCAACGACCUAUUCCACGGCAUUGGACCUGUACGCGCACAUCAAGCGGCUGCAGACAUUAUACCCCGACUCCCCGCUCAUCAAAGACGUGGUUUCCCAGGCCGAGGACGCGAUGAAGGAUAUGACAUCAAAUCUGAUUGCGGGUCUCCGGGCGCAGAACCUGCGAUUAGCGGCUGCAAUGAGAACGGUAGGCUGGCUGCGAAGAGUGGCACCGGAGCUGGAUAACCUGCACAACGACGGCUCCCCCGGGUCGGGAGAAGGUGCCUUGGGGGCCAUCUUCCUGAUCUGUAGGCUGGCGAACUUGAUUACUAUGCUGGAAGCUUUGGAUCCUCUACGAGAGCUAGCCGAUCAAGAGACGCACCGCAGGGCCCCGACGAUGGACAAAAAGAAUGGUGCGACGGGCGCAUGGUCGGAAGGGCACCAGACAGAGAAGUACCUGAAACGCUAUGUCGAGAUUUUCCGCGAGCAGAGUUUUGCAAUCGUCUCUCUGUACAAGAACAUCUUUACUCCGGACCAGUCCGAAUCAGAGCUAGCAGUGGCCGGUUUACGAGGAAUCGAUGCGCGAAUCAAAGCGGCCGCAUCGCGACCGGCUCGCAAAGAAGAUCCGUUACAGUGCCUGCCACCUGCGCUGGCCACCUUUCCCAUGCACCUGGUCCAACUACUGACGGACACCUUGGGCACGUAUCUCCCCAACGUCCGGGAUAAGAGCUCGCGGGAGAGUCUCCUAACUCAGGUGCUGUACUGCGCGGCCAGCCUGGGUCGGCUUGGAGGGGAUUUUGGCAUGAUCCUGACCGAGCUGGGUGAUGCCACGGAUGACACCGAUGAAGAGGAGGAUGACUUGGCCUAUGAGUGGGAGGAGGUGACACGGAAACACCGAGCCUUGGCAGGGCGACUAGAGCAGCUGACGGGGGGUGGUGGUGGUGGUGUAAAGAUGGACGCCUUUGUGCCUCGAAAGGGGAAGUCAUGA